GUAAGUGCCUAGUAGAUAAAUCAGCUGUAUUGUUGGACUCCUACGAGCUUGAUUGUUUUGAUUCAUUUUUCGAACUCAGUUUAAUCUAUACAUGCAGUUAUUAUCGUCGACCGAACUUUGGUCCUCUUAGCUCUUUUGGGUUCCAAUUUGAUAACAUAAUCUACUCUCUCACUAGUGUUCCAUACCUGCGGGGACCUUCAGUGCAAGUGGAUCAUCCCAUUCAAUAAAGAUCGAACAAUUUUGUAGGCUUCAAUUUUAGCAACAUGAAUCCUAAAGUGGAUAAGGAUUAUUGCAAAACUUUGCAAAGCGAGGGAGUCAGUACACCGAUUGAACGGGUGACGGAUUCACAAAGCCUACAUCUCCCGGUGUGGUACGAUGAAGCCAAGUUCAAACAUGCUCAAAACUUCUACCGGCGAAAUGCUUACGCUCUAGUGGUGGUUGCUUUUUAUGGACUGGUAGCCAGCAUGGCACUUCCAUCAAUACUGAGUGUACUGAUGUUCACCAAACGAUCGUCGAGUGUACUGACGGCGUACCGGCGUUACAUGACGACGAUUUUGCACUUCGUCGGAUGGUAUACCGAAGAACUGAAACCUGGAACGAAGUACUGGAAGUCACUGGAGUUCGUCCGGCGAGCUCAUUCUACGACUAGCAGACGAGCAAACUCUAAGUCUCCCGGGAUGAUAAUAUCCCAGCGGGAUAUGGUGAUUGUGCAGUUUUCUUUUUUCGGAUAUGUUGUUUUAAGUCCACGAAUGUUAGGCAUCCAAUACAAUACGGAGGACAUGGAGGCAUUUGUGCAUUUCUGGCGAGUGAUGGGAUACAUGCUCGGCAUCGAGGAUAGAUUUAACGUCUGCACCGCCGAUUUACCCUCGACCCGCAACUGAAUGCAACAAGUUCGCGAUCUGGUUAUUCAACCGGGUCUCGCCACCACCGUUGGUAAAGAUUUCCGUCGGAUGACCCGAUACAUGCUCGAUGGUAUGUGGUACUUCAACGUUUUCGUGAAUCCAGACGCAACCAUGUACUUUACCUAUCGUUUGGCCGGAGUGCCUGGCUACAAGGAGCUAAGGACUUCCUUAUCUGGGGAGAAUUACGAAAACCUGAGUUUGUACAGUCGGAUGAUGCUGAGGGUGCUGGUGACAAUACACGAGGUCAGUUUGGGGGUUGCCAUUCUUCGGUGGCUGCAAAAUUCGUUGGUGUACGUGUUGGUAAACUAUGGUAUACAAUACUUCCCUGUGCUGGCGAUUAUCCGAUUUGGAUACAAGAACGCGAUUGUGAGGAUUUGAGGAAAUAAAUGGAGUUGGUGAUACAUCACUUAUCAUUGAAGCAACACCCCUUCGUACACAAUCAUUUUAUAAUAAUUUUAUUGUAUUCGCUCGAUUACUAGCAAUCGCAUCGCUUCUUUGUCAUACGCUCUAAAUUCAAUUCCAUUCUCUAAAAGCAGUUUUUGCGCAAACAAAAAUGCCAUCCAUUCUGUUAGGUUUUCGUCCUAAGAUUUGCAAUUCUAACUGGGCUUAUAUCACUUCUAUCGUGUUUUGUUUCUCUAAUGCUACGCACUGUAUAUCGUUUCCCUUCGUUUGUUUUGGUGAACGUUUGUAAAUCCCUGCGCUUUUAAAAAACCCUUCUUCUCGAUCUGUUCUACAUUUUGUUUUCUCGUUGAGCUCUCGUGUCAAAAUUUCAUAAGUGUUUUGGAAUGUGCUCCGCAAAAAAAGUCCCACUUGCUGUUGUUGCAUUGAUUGAGUUGUUUUGUCGUAUAUUUUGGACUGCACUACAGCGAAUAACUUGGUACAGAAAAACACGUAUCGAACUUUUGUUGUUAGCAUGUAAGUAUGUAAUUCCUUAAGUUUACAACAGGCGGUUAUGAUUUGGUAUGUAUAAAUUGUUUGUAUAAAAGUUUGGGGUCGGUUGGGUUUGUCCUUAUGACUCUCUUUGUUUACAAUACAAGCUCGUUGACCUGUCGGAAUCCUUCAA